AUGGACGACGGCCGAGAGCAGGACCGGUACAAGGAGCAGCUGAAGGAACUUUUCAACACUUUCGACUCCAGCGGCUGCGGCUCGCUGGCGCCGGAGGAGCUGUCCGACCUCUGCCAGUCGCUGCACCUGGAAGAUGCCACGCCCACUCUUCUCCACGCACUCCUGCAGAACCAGGACCGCCUCACUGCCAGGGUUGACUUUGACCAAUUCAAGAAUGCACUGAUCCUGGUUUUGUCAUCAUCCAUCGAGCCGCCUCAAGCCGAAGAGGAAACUUUCCAGAAACCAGAGUCUCCAGAGAUCCAACCCAAGUUUGUGAAGGGAAGCAAACGCUACGGCCGCCGCUCCACGCCCGACUCAGUGGAGCCUAUCUCCGACUUCUCUGAAGUUACCAACGUGAACCCAGCGGAGGGAGAGGAUCUGGAGGACAACUAUGACUCAGCCGUUCCGAGGAAACGUGAGCGCUGGAAUGCCCACGAAUCAAACACGGAGGAGUAUGAGGCCGAAGGCCAAAUGCACCUCUGGAACCCCGAUGAGCCGAGCACGCCUCGGGGAUCUGUCGUUCCUCUGCCGUCCUGCUUGGAGGAGCGGUUGCGUGACGCCUGUGAGGAGCUGAACGUACCCUGGGACAGAUGUGCCGAUCCCACGGAGCUGCUCGCUGUCUGUGAACAUCUGGGCCUGGAGAUAAAUGAGGAGUUCCUCCAGAGUCUAACUGGCGGAGGAGUCAUGAACGUUCAGGAGCUCGUAUCCAGGGUUGUAAACCACAACAAACCCCCCACACCCUCCGCCUCCACGCCCUACAGACAGCUGAAAAGACAUCACUCCACUCAGCCGUUUGAUGAAGGAGGCCGUCGGACCGCCACCUCCUCCGUGUUGACCAGCACCAUCGGCAUGCGUCUCUUCUCCACCCUUGAUGACGGAACAGGUUUCACUCCAGCUGAAUACAUUCUGGAUGCCUGGAUAGACGAAGGCAUUGAAAACAGCACUGAGAUCCUGCAGGCUUUGAAUUUCGACCUAGAUGGCAAACUGAGUCUUGGAGAUCUCACCAUGGCUCUUGAAAACGAGCUGCUGGUUACUAAGAACGGGAUUCACCAAGCGGCUCUGGCGAGUUUCAGAGCUGAGAUCAGACACCUCCUAGAGCGCGUAGACACGGAACUGAGAGAGAAAGAGAAAAUCCGAUCUGACCUGGAAAAAGCAGAAAAGUUGAAAACUCAACUCGCCACUGAGGUGGACGAGCAUCACUCUGCGAUUGAGCGCACAAACACCCUCAAGCUCAGGAAGCUUGAGCAGGAGCAGAAAGAGAAGCUGGCAGCAGUGCGAUCGGAGCUGAUGCAGGAGAUGGAUCAGAUCCAGCAGCAGGCCGGCCUGCAGCGAGAGGAGCUGGAGGCAGAGAUCCAGAAGAUCAGGGAGGAUGAAUCGUUUCUCCGGGACCACCUCUCCAUUUCUGUGAAGGAAAACCGACGUCUUGAGAUGGAGCUGCUGGACAGCACAGACAAACUAGUCGAGGCUCAAAGUCACAUUUCAAAGCUUCAGACAAGUUUGGAGAAAGUGAUGAAAGAAAAGUUUGGAGACUUGGACCCUGGCAGUGCAGAAUUCUUCCUCCAAGAGGAACGUAUUAGAAAUCUAAGCAGUGGCCAUGAAGCUCAGUGCAGGGAGCUGCAGGAUCGCAUCGACGAGCUCCAGUCCGAGUUGCACGACUUCCACAGUCUUGGUCGAGUUCAUCAGACCUGCAUCAAACCGCUUUCUGAAGAGCUGGAGAGUAAAAGUCCCGGCAUGGAGUCUGAUCCAGGUAUCGGUUCCGAGGACGUUCAGCCGUUCAGCAUGAGUCUGGAGGCAGAGAUGAUGAUGGAGCAGCUGAAGGAGCAACACCUUCAGGAAAUGGAGGAACUGCGAAACCAAUUGGAAACCAAGAUCAAUGAUUUUGAUACGAUGGUAGACCAGCAGAGGGCGACUCAGCAGGACCAGAACUCCCUCGCAGCUCUCCAGUACCAGCAGGAGGUCCAGACUCUGAGGGAAGAGCUGACCAGCGUUCAGAUCCACGCACAGGAGCUCCAGAGCCAGCUCGAGCAAGUGGAGCUGGAGCGACGCCGCCUGGAGCGAAGGCCGGCCCAGGAGAGGGAAGAGCUGGAGAAGCUGCAAGAGGAGGAAGUGGGAAACCUCAGGCAACAGCUGCUGGAGACUCACACCUACACCGCUGACCUGGAGGAGCAGCUGAAGAACUUUGAAGCUGAACAGUCUGAGGCAGAUGAAAUCCAUCACUCUGAGAUAGAGGUUCUGAGAAAACAACACGCUGCUGAGAUUCAGAAACUGGAGGAAGAGCAGGUGGAACUUUCUAAAGCCCGACUGGGAGAGGAGAUGAAGAACGUGCAGGAAGAGAGGGCUGAGUUGGAGAAGAGGUUCUUAGAGGAGUGUGAAACCCAGAAGGAGCAGCUGCAGCUGAGACAUGAGGUUGAACUGAGGGAGAAACUAGAGGAGGUGAGGUUGAGGUUUGAGGAGCAGCAGGAGGCGUUUGUGCAGAGACUCACACAGCAGUGGGAGAAGGAGAGAGCUCAGCUGGAUGAGCAGAAAAAUGAGUCUCUGCAGGUGUUGCUGGAGGAGGAGAUGCUGAGACUCGUCAAGGAACAAGAAGAGAAGGACAGCAAGCUCGGAGAGCAGUGGGAGACGGAGCGAGCUCGGCUUCAGGAGCAGCACAGAGACACGCUGCUGGAAAGAAUCCUCGAGGAGAGAUUGCAGGUACAAGAGCAGUUUGAGCAGAAAGAGAUAAGGCUAAAGGAGGAGUGGGAGAGGGAGAGGCUGCAGCUGGAGGAGGAUUAUGAAGGGAUGUUCGAGGACAGGUUGACGGAGGAGAGGGAGAAGCGCGAGACUGAGAGAGAGGACGUGGAGAAGAGACUAGAGAACUCGAUGGCGGAGGAGAGGGCUCUUCUGGAGGAGAGCCACCGAGAGGCCAUGAAGGAGCGGACUGCAAAUCACAGCGAGGAGAGGAACGCCCUCAGCAGCAUGUUGGACAAGCUGAGGGAUGACAUGGCUCAGGAGAGAUCUGAAGCCUGUCGUCUGGCUGAAGAAAACCUGCUGCUGAGGCAGAAAAUCGCUGCUUUGAAGGAGCAGGACUUGAAGGAGGCCCAGGGGGAGUUGACACGAACUCUGGAACACUUGAGGAAUGAGAAGGGCGCUGCUCAUAAGGCAGCAGAACAUUUCCAGAACCAGAUUGCGGAGCUGCGUUUGCAAGGCCAACACCUCGAGGGUGAGAACGGGAUCCUGUCGGAGAGACAUUUCCAAAACAUCGCUGAUAAGGAGAAUCUACGGCAGCAGCUGGCAGAGCUGAUGAAGGACAAGAAGAGGAGGGAGGCGCUCCCUGCUGAAGACAAAAACAAGCUGGCAGCGUGUGUGUCUUCACUGGAGGCAGAGCUGACCAAAGCUCUGGAGGACACUGCACAGCUGGAGGACAGGAACACUCAUCUGUCCCAGCAGCUGUAUGACCUCAGAGACAAGGCAGUCAAGUUGGACUCUAUGGAGAAUAAGCUCAGCCAUGUGCUAGAGGAGCGGAGGAGUGUGGACAUGGAGACUCAGGGCCUCCGCAACCAGCUCGCCAAAGCUCAAGAGAGGGUGAAGACAGUGGAUGAAACUUGUCAGGCUGUGAAUCAUCAAAGUUCUCGUCUCAAGGCCGACGUCCGUGUUCUGCAGAAGGAGAGAGACUCGGUCAAACGUGAAGUCGCCGUCCUACACAAACGGCUGCAGAUCUCCAACGAUAAAAACCAUGUUUUAGAAAUGGCCUUGCACCCCAGUGGUCUGCACAGUCCGAGCAGGAAGCUGUACAGGGACGAGAUGUCUCGGCUGAUGGAUCAGGAGCAGCAGCUGCUGAGGCAGGAGAACGAGCGGCUCCAGGCAGAAGUGCGGAACAUUAAAGGAGACAUGGUGCAGUCCAGAGAGAAGGUCCGUCAGCUCGAUGCCACCAUCUUGUCCAUGAAGCAGCACAGACAUCCCAGUCAGUCGUCACUGGUGAAGGCUCUGGAACAGGAGAACACCGCUCUGAAGCAGGAGCUCCAGGCACAAAAGGAACAGACCAAGGGCUGUGAAGCUGGACGAGGACACACGGAGCUGGAGAGUCUUCAGCAGGAGAACGAGGCGCUCAAGGUCCAAAUGGCUCGACUGUCCACACAGCUGCUCGAGAGCUUCCAGGCUCACUUAGUCGGACUCCUGCCUCCGUCCCCUCACCGGAUUCCCAGAGGACAACAUCGAGGUGACGAGCCGGACAACAUGCAGGACAACAGGGAGAAGAAGAUGAAGAACAUGGAGGAGAGGAUGAGAGAAGUUGAACUGUCGCUGCACAACGUGAAGCUGCUGCUCAAGGAGAAGGUUUCUCAACUGAGGGAACAGCUCAACAAGAACGGCAAAGCGGACGUCAUGAUCCAGGACCUGUAUGUGGAGAACGCUCAGCUGCUGAAGGCUCUGGAGAUCACCGAGCAGCGGCACAAGAUCGCAGAGAAGAAGAACUACCUGCUGGAGGAGAAGAUCUCCAGCCUGAACAAGAUCGUACGAGAGCUGAACCCGUCGCUCCUUCCUCCUCUACCGUACCACUACAAGUGUUCAUGAUGCAACUCCUAGAAACACCUGCUCAGGACAUGAGCAGCACUCCGAAGUCGUCCAUAAACUGCACAGCUUCUUUCUCAUGUCCUUGGAGAUGCAUUGAAUC